AGGGCGGUCGCCGGGCCCCGUGACCGCAGGACGGACAGCGCGGGGGAAGCUCCAGGGCCACUGUGCGGUAGGAGACCUGUGGGGCCGCAGUGUGCUGGAGGCGGAGGAGAAGGAGGACCUCGCGCCGGUAGUAUGGCUCUCCUCGACGACGACAGCCCGCGGGAAUGUAGGAUCUGCUUCAACGACUUCGACGAGGCGGAGCGGCGCCCCAGGAACCUGCCGUGCGGACACACCUUCUGCACGCAGUGCAUCGCCGGCACUUUCCGCGUCAACAAGUUCACGUGCCCGAGCUGCCGCGCCGCCCACGUCGCCCUCGACGUCACGGUCUUCCCCGUCAGCUACAUCACCGAGGCCUUCGUCAGGUAUGUGCGCAGGCGCAGUCCCGAGGAGGACGCCCUCGGCAGGCGGCCGCUGCAGGAGGAGGAGCUGCGGCUGCGCAAGCUGAUCUUCGGCUGCCAGGAGACCCAGACGCACCUGGACCACUGCGCGGCCGAGGUGGCCAAGGCGGGCCGCGAGGCCACGCGGAUGGCCACGCGCAUCGACGCCAUCGCCGAGCACAACCGCCGCGUCCUGCAGCACAUGCUGGAGGAGCACCGCCGCGUCGCGAGCAAGUGCGGCGGAGGCGCCGCCGAGGAGGAGCUGCCCUUCAGCCCGCGAAGCCGCCUGGACUUCCACGUGGCGGCCACGCCCGGGGACGCCGCCGCCUUCCCCGAGGCGUCCAGCGGCGCGGCGGCAGAGCAGCCGGUGUCGCCGCGGGACCCGUCGGCAGACAGGUUCCGCCUCUCGAGGCUCACGGAACAUAUUGAGCGUGCGACAGCUGCUGUCCGAAGGAGAGACGCAAAUAUUUGGGAAACGUCGCAGUCUGUGGCCAAGUACAAGAAAGGCGCCCGCGGCAGAUCCGGCGUCGUUGGAGAACUCGAGGCCGGCGGAGUUUACGCUCUGGACGACGCUGCUUCCUCCUCCUCCUCCACCACCUCCUCCUUCCCCGGCGCCUCCCCCCCCCGCUCGGCCAGGAUGACUCUGAGCGACGAGAAGCUGUACCUCCACGUGCUCAAGGACCAGCCCGCUCCGCCUUAUGCUCGGGUUCUGAAGCACUGCGAAGCCAUGCAGCUGGUGGACCCCUUCUACAGCGUGGUGUUCCUGGAGAUGGGCUGGGGCGGUGCGGCGCGGGGGCGUGUGCACAUCCGCCUCACGCCCAACGACCGCCGCGCCCAGCAGUUCCUGUCGCUGUGCACGGGCCAGGGAGGCAGGAGCUACGUGGACACGCAGCUCCUGCAGGUGGGCUACAAGGGGCGCCCGGGCGAGUACGUGGUGGGCGGCGGGCUGGACGACGUGGCCAUGGAGGAGGAGGAGCUGGGGCGCGAGUGUCAGAAGCGGGCGUCGGUGGGGCUGGUGUGGGGCUGGUGCGAGGCGGACGCUCACUCGGGCCCCAGCAGCCUCGGCAGCGGGUCGCGUUUCGCCAUCACCACCAAGCACCCGGGCCCAGGCACCACCUACUGCCGCGUCUUCGGGAAGGUGGAGGCGGGGCUCGAGGUCCUUAAGGCCGCCACCAAGCUCAAGGACAUCACGGACGUCACGGUGCUCGACUGCGGCGUCGUCGUGACCUUCUGAUGACCCCGCGUGACCCCAACCCUCGCCCUCACUCCCUCCCUCACUCCCUUCCUCACUACCUCCCUCCCUCACUACCUCCCUCCUUCACUACCUCCCUCCUUCCCUCCCUCCCUCACUACUUCCCUCUCUCCCUCACUACCUCCCUCCCUCCUUCAUUCCCUCCCUCAUUACCUUCCUCCCUCCCUCUCUCCCUCCCUUCUUUCCUCCUUCCCUCCCUUCUUUCCUCCUUCCCUCCCUCCCUCCCCUCUCGGUCCUCUCGCGUGGCACCGGAGUGACACAUCCCGACAUAUCUCUGACACCGAACGUACAUUCUGACACAACACGACACACCACUCUCCCCCCAUCUGUGAUACGACACCAGAGACAACACACCAAGACUUCAAGAAUGACACUCCGCGAUAGAAAAAAAGAAAAAAUGAGAUAAGAAAGAAAAAUAAAAAAUAAAUAUACUCAACCACGUCCAAAAGGUACAAACACAUUAACCUAUUAAAUACCGCACUUUUUGGGGCAAAGUCAGACUCAAAGCAAAAGCGAAGAGGAUGAGAAAAAAAGAAAAGAAGAAAGAGAGAAUAAAUGUUUUUGAUAAAGGAUG